AUGAGAAUGGGGUCGGUGCACGCGGGGCUUCUGCUACAGCUGCUUUGUUCCGCCUCCAGUUACCGGUUCCGGAGUCGAGCUGGCUACGGUCCGUUUGUGCAAAAUCCCGAAUCCGAGUGGGAGAGAAUGAAGACGAUGGGCGGCGAAGAACGAGCGGGCCCCGCGCCCAGGGUCUGGAAGAGCGGAGCCAUAACGGCCGACGAGAACACGUUCCCCGAGUGGGUCUACGCCCAGAAGUCCGCAUACCCGAAAGAGGUGUUCCAGCCAGAGAAAGGUGCCAGACCCCUCCCCGACUGGUCUGGGGAAAUAUUGCGCGUUCCUGUUGCCACUAGUUCGACGACGGCGGCGGCAGCCAGAGCAGGAGUGGUUGAACUACUUUGUCAUGUUGACAGAAUCUAUGUAAGAAUUAGGAGAGACGUCUUCAAGAGCCUUAAUGCUUACAAAGACUUGAAACUGGGUACCUGUCCUGUCAACCAAGGCACCAAAGCCCACUACUACCUCCUGUACCUACUGAAAACUGACUGUGGAUUCAAAUUAGAGAGUAAGGCUGACAACCUGUUCAUCAGCGUUGUGCUCAAGUACAUGCCAGCUGGUCAAGUUCUGAGGCAAAUGCCCUUUAGUGUUCCCCUGCAGUGCAAAUAUCCAAGGUUUUUCAACUCCUAUAAAGUUGGCAUCCAUCCCAAACUGCAAGGAGGCACAGUUUUCAAGGCACUCCAACCAAAGCAAAAUGUGAUUCUUGCUGCUUUAGAUGCGUCCGGGAAUGAGCUCCCGGAAUCAAAAACCUACACCCUGGGCCAGCCAAUGUACUUUGAAGCAAAGAUGGCGAACGCCACUGCAAAAUCAGGAGACCAGAGGAUGUACAUCAACAAGUGCUUCAUGACUGCCAGCCAAAACCCCAACUCCAACCCUAAAUAUACAGUCAUUGACAACCAAGGCUGCAUGGUUGACAGCAAGGCAUCUAAGCAGUCAAAGUUCCUCCUUGGCGCCUCGAAGAUGGCCCUGAAAUUCAGUGUGGCUGCCUUCAUUUUCAAGGACGGGGUUUCCACCUCCACCCAAAUGCAGCAACUCUACAUGCACUGUGACGUCUCCGUGGGGACACUUACACCAUCUCCAAGUUUAAAGGCUUGCAAUUAUGACCCAGCAACCAAAAAGUGGAAGGAGCUUUACGUUGACGACUCUGUGUGCAUCUGCUGUGAAUCUACUUGCCCAUCAGCACUGCCUAGGGCUUCCAGGAAAACCAUCUCCAGUCCGUCUUGGAAAGUCGACUUGAGUGGCGAGGAUGGAUUCGUGGAUGUUGAACCUCGGAUGAAAUCGCUCGAUGCUGACUCGAUCAGUUCGGAGGACCCCGGCAUGGUGGAGCACAAAGACUUUGUGAAUUACUGGGAGGAUGAUUACUAAAAUGUGGAAAUGGUCAAUUUUAAAAUAAACUUUUGUCAU